AUGAGAACCUCAGGCUCUCCUCCGCCUAAACCCUCCGCCUCUGCAAUCCCCAACCUCAAACAUCAAGAGCACCAACCCCCAAAAAGCACAGAAGAAAAGCAAACACAAACCAGCCUCACAAAGACCAAGCUUCCCCAACCAAAACCAAAACUCCGCCUCCACAUCCAAGACCUCCGCCACCCAGCCUCAAGCGUCUUCCUCGCCUUCAUCCCAGACAUUGGAUCAACACUAGACCAAGCCCUGACCAACAUAAUCAAUUACCUAUACACAUCACCAGAACCAAGCACUUCCAAUACAUCAAGACCACCCCCCCACAGACCCCAGUUCACACCCAGCAUUCCCCAGACUCGCUCCGUGACAGUCUUCCUCCGCGAUUAUAGCGGUGUGGCUUAUACAACAGGCACGGAGCUAGACGAUGCACACAAGGAGAUCCAUGUCUCGCUUCCUUAUGUUCAGUAUUGUACAUCGAAAGAUGAUCCGCUUCAUGAGUUAGUUGGUGUUCUUACGCAUGAGUUAGUUCACUGUUAUCAGCAUACUGCUCCACCAGGUUCGGAUGAUAAAGACGAUGAUGGAGAUGGAGAUGAUGAUAAUGGCGGUAUACCUCGUCCGCCGGGUGGUCUGAUUGAGGGUAUUGCGGAUUUUGUGAGAUUGAAGGCUGGGCUUGAGCCGCCCCAUUGGAAGAAGCCUCAGUCCAAAGAUGAGAGGCCUGAGAAGUGGGAUAUGGGCUAUCAGCACACGGCUUACUUUUUGGCUUGGCUUGAGGAUGUGAGGGUUGGGAGGGGGGCUGUUGGGAUGGUUAAUGAUCGGUUGCUUAGGGUUGGGUAUGUUGGUGAGGGGGAUGAAGAACGGGAUGAGGCUGUGGGUAGGCGUAUUGGGUUUUGGAAGGGUUUGUUUGGGACAGGGAUUGCGGACUUGUGGGAGGAGUAUGGGUGUUAUUUGGAUGAUCCAGCAUGUGCUGGGAGCAGUAGUGGGAAUUGGGAGGAUGAGAUUGUUAACCCAGAGUGA